AUGACUCGUCAUUGCGAUAGUAAUCCUGCUCAGCACGAGAGGAACCGCAGCAUAUCCUUUAAAACACCUUUUUUAUUUAUAUUCUUAGGUGGAGAAGACAGUGAAUUAUAUCGCAAUAGAAAAGGUUACUUUUCUUUAAAUGUGCAAAUAAUUACUAACGCAAGAUUGGAUAUAAUUGAUAUAGUAGCGCGUUGGCCAGGAUCUACACACGAUUCUACUAUAUUUAACAAUUCAAGAAUUAAGAGUUUGUUCGAUGAAAAUAGAUUUAAUGAUGGAUUACUUCUUGGAGAUUCUGGUUAUCCGAAUCUUCCAUAUUUAAUGACUCCGUUAUUGAACCCUACGACAGCAGCAGAACAUCUUUAUAAUGAAGCCCAAAUUCGAACACGCUCAAAAAUUGAAAGAUGUUUUGGAAUCUGGAAAAGAAGAUUUGCAGUUUUGAGUAUUGGAUCGCGUUUUCAAACAGUUGAAAGAAUGUUACCUAUUAUUACAGCAACAGCUGUAUUACACAACAUCGCUCAACAAGAAAAUGAAUGUUUAGAUAAUCCUGAAAUAUAUAAUAAUGUUAUUGCAGAAAUGCAGAAUAUAAAUUUGGAAAUGAAUAUUAAUGAUGAACGACAGCGUUUAAUUAUUGGAUAUUUUGAAAGGUAAUAAAAGAUUAAUUAAAAAUCCUUAUAAUAUAUAUUAUAUUUUGAAAAUUAAUAUAUUUUAAUAAUUACAG